AUGCUUGUUUCAGAACUUGCCGCAUCAGCUGCCGCCAGGGCACCAAUGGCGCCUGAUCCGUCCGGUACUGACCAGGCACCACCCGCUCAGCCGACUGCCUUGCACAACCGGGCAUCUUCCAGCAAGAGCCCGUUUGUCCAGACCGGACAGCAAAGCCCGGUCCAAUGGCAAAUCCUCGACGCCGCCUCUGUCGACCGGGCCAAGCGCGAAAACAAGCUCAUCUUUCUGCACAUCGGCUACCGCGCCUGUCAUUUUUGUCGCCUCAUGGCUCAAGAGUCCUUUGCAAACGCGGAAUGCGCCAGCAUACUCAACGAAUCCUUUGUGCCCAUCAUCGUCGAUCGAGAGGAACGCCCCGACAUUGACGCCGUCUACAUGAACUACGUCCAGGCCGUGAGCAACGUCGGGGGCUGGCCGCUCAACGUGUUUGUCACGCCGAACCUGGAGCCCGUCUUUGGCGGCACCUACUGGCCCGGGCCGGGGACCUUGCGACGAGCAAGUUCCGAACACGACGGCGACUCCCCCGACUGCCUGACCAUCUUCAAAAAGGUCCGGGACAUCUGGCGGGAUCAAGAGACCAGGUGUCGCAAGGAAGCUUCCGAGGUUCUGGGCCAGCUGCGGGAAUUCGCCGCCGAGGGCACGCUGGGGAAGCGAGCUCUCGGCGCCGCGCACCCAAUCGCCGCCAUGCCCAGCUGGGCCGCGCCGCCCCCCGAGAACCCCGAGGUUGCGCGGCAAGCCAGGGACGCAGGCGGAAACCACGACGCCCAGGUUUCCAGCGAGCUGGACCUGGACCAGCUGGAGGAGGCGUACACGCACAUAGCCGGGACCUUUGACCCCGGGCACGGCGGGUUCGGCCUCGCGCCCAAGUUCCCGACCCCGCCCAGGCUGGCCUUUCUGCUGCAGCUGGGCGCGUCGCCCCCCCCCCAAGUGCAAGACGUGGUCGGGGAGGCGGAGUGCAAGCACGCCGCGGAGAUGGCGCUCGCCACCUUGCGCAGGAUCCGGGACGGCGCCCUGCACGACCACGUCGGCGCCACCGGCUUCGCCCGGUGCUCCGUCACCCGGGACUGGAGCAUCCCCAACUUUGAGAAGCUGGUCGUCGACAACGCCCUGCUCCUGGGGCUGUACCUGGACGCCUGGCGGCUCGCCGGCGGCGGCGAGGUCGGCGGCGAGUUCCACGACACCGUGGUCGAGCUCGCCGACUACCUCAGCUCGCCUCCCGUCGUCCUGCCGCACGGCGGGUUCGCCGCGAGCGAGGCGGCCGACUCGCUCACCCGCCGGGGGGGCAAGGAGACGAGGGAAGGCGCCUACUACCUGUGGACGCGCCGCGAGUUCGACUCCGUGGUGGACGCCUCGCGCCAGGACAAGCGCAUCAGCCAGGUGGCCGCGGCCUACUGGGACGUGCGGGAGGACGGAAACGUGGACGAGGACCACGACCCCAACGACGACUUUAUCAACCACAACAUCCUGCGCGUCGUCAAGACCGCCGACGACCUCGCCGCGCAGCACCGGAUGCCCGUCGAGACCGUCCAGCAGUACAUCCGAACCGCCCGGCGGGAGCUCAAGGCCCGGCGGGACAAGGAACGGGUCCGCCCCGCGCUCGACGACAAGCUCAUCACCGCCUGCAACGGCCUGGUCAUCUCCUCCCUGGCCCGGACGGCCCUCUCGCUCCAGACCGCCGCCGCCGCCCAGAGCCACAAGUACCUGCGGGCCGCCCGCUCCGCCGCCGACUUCAUCAGGAGCCACCUCUGGGACGAACCCGCCGGCACUCUGUACAGGAUAUGGAGACACGGCCGCGACGUCGAGGGCUUCGCCGACGACUACGCAUACCUCAUCCACGGCCUGCUGGACCUGCACACGGCGACGGGCGACGAAUCGUACCUGGAGUUUGCCGACUCCCUGCAAAAAACCCAAAACAAACUCUUCCGCGAUGCCGACGCGGGCGCCUUCUUCUCCACCACCGCCUCCUCCCCCCAGUCGAUCCUGCGCCUCAAAGACGGCAUGGACACCUCUCUGCCCUCCGUCAACGCCGUUUCCGCGUCCAACCUCUUCCGGCUGGGGAGCCUGCUCGACGACGAGCGCUACUCCGCGCUGGCGAGGGGCACCGUCAAUGCUUUCGAGGCCGAGAUGCUGCAGCACCCUUGGCUGUUUCCCGGCCUGCUCGGGGCCGUGGUCACGGCGAGGCUGGGGUGCAGAGGCCCCGUCGCGGAUGUCAGGUACAAGGGCGCUCGGGAGAAGGCCGUCUAG